UAUAAAUGAAUGAAGUAGUACUUAAUACGGACGCUUUUUUGUGACUAAGGAUUUUAGUUUGCCAUUGUGAUUUGCAGGAAUAAAAUAAAAAAGAAAAUCGUCGUACAAAUUGGUUUGCGUUACUAUGAAGAUUUUGGCGGGAAAUUUGUUGGCUAUGUUUGUUUUGGUGUUGUCAUUAUUUUUCACUCAAGUCACGGCUAAAACAGUAUCGGAAACUUCAUUUUUCUGCGAAGAAGAUAAGUUUAAAUGCUCUUCUCAAAAGUGCAUUCCUGACAAGUGGAAAUGUGAUGGCGAUGACGAUUGUGGUGACGGAAGUGACGAAGUCAAUUGCCAUCUCGCUACCUGCAAGCCGAAUGAGUUUACAUGCAAGAAUAAAAAAUGCAUACCGAAGAAAUGGGCGUGUGAUAGUGAGGUGGAUUGCUCGGACGGUUCGGACGAAAAUAAUUGCCCAAAACCAACCUGCAGACCAGAUUCCUUUCACUGUAAUAACUCAAGAUGUGUUCAAAAAAAGUGGAAAUGUGACGGCCAUGAUGACUGUGGUGAUAAUUCAGACGAAGAAUCUUGUGGAGACGUCAUAUCGACGUGUAAAAGUAGCGAGUUUAAGUGUGGUAACGGCGCCUGCAUUUUUAAACUCUGGGCUUGUGACGGAGAGAAAGAUUGUCAAGAUGGAUCGGACGAAGAAAAUUGCAAAAAACUCGUUUCGGAAUGUGAUCCCAGUGAAUUUCGCUGCACUACCAAUCAUUGUAUACCAAACAAGUGGAGAUGUGACGGUGCGAACGACUGCCAUAACGGUGCUGACGAAAGGAACUGUUCGUUGAUAACAACCAAUAAGCCGGUAAAGGUUUGUGCGGCUAAGUUUUGGCAGUGCCAGAAUGGAGAUUGCAUCAAGAAGGAAUGGAAAUGCGAUGGAGAAAAUGAUUGUUCAGAUGGAAGUGACGAACAAGCUUGUGAUCAGAUACAUUGUCAUUCAACAAAAGCCAGUUGCAAAAAUGGACGUCAAUGUAUUUUUUCCAGUCACAAAUGUAAUGGUUUCAAAGAUUGUGAUGAUGGAUCAGACGAAGAAAAUUGUGGAAAACCACCAAUCAAUUGUGGUUUAAAUCAUUUCAACUGUACAGAUGGUAGUUGCAUAAAUAUAUCUGAAGUUUGUAACCUUAAAAGGGAUUGUCCACAUUGGGAAGACGAACCCGCUAACUGUUUCAUCAACGAAUGUUUAAGCAACAAUGCUCACUGCAUGCAUACUUGUACUGACCUCAAAAUAGGAUACAAAUGUUCCUGCAAGAAAGGCUACGAGCUAGCUGCUGAUAGAAAAACUUGUAAUGACGUUAACGAAUGCAAAAUUUACGGUUCCUGUCACCACUCAUGCACAAACACAAAAGGUCAUUUUAAGUGCGCUUGCGCCAGUGGCUAUGUGUUAGGACCAGAUAUGAAAUCGUGUAAAGCUUUGGGUGUAAGCAGUUGGGUGUAUUUUGCUAAUCGUCACGACAUCAGAAAGAUGCUCCCUAAUGUUAGAGAGUACACGGUUGAAGUUUCGAACCAGAGUGGGGUAGUUAGCUUUGACUUUGAUAUCAACAACAAACACAUCUAUUGGAGCGAUAUAAAAUUAAAAAAAAUUCAACGGUCGGUGAUCGACAAACAUGAUUCAAUUGAAACAAUCGUUGACCAUGUUCACACGCCUGAUGGGUUAGCUUUUGAUUGGAUUGGUGGAAAACUUUACUGGACAGACACAGGUUAUAAAACUAUAGAGGUUUCUGAUCUUUACGGUCAUCAUAAUGCUGAUCUUGUAAAAGUUGGAUUAGCUGAACCAAGAGCCAUUGCUUUAAACCCACAUGAGGGAUUCUUGUAUUGGACCGACUGGGGAGAAUCAGCUGCAAUUGAGAAGAUUUCGAUGGAUGGAGCUGAAGAAACUCGUGUUAAGAUCGUUACAGUAAAUAUAGUAUGGCCUAAUGGUUUGUCUAUUGACUUGGCACAGAAAAGAAUAUACUGGAUCGAUGCAAAACUGAAACGAAUUGAAUCAACAGACUUUAAUGGUGAAAACAGAGUUUUGCUGCGAGAAGGAGGAUUUUCGCAUCCCUUUGCACUUGAUGCUUUUGAAGACAUGUUAUAUUGGACUGAUUGGAAGCUAGAUGGUGUUGUCAGAAUGUCGAAGUUUAACACAACCAUUACCCCUGUUCAGUUAGAACUGUAUGCGCCCAUGGACGUGAAGGUGUGGCACCCCAUGAAGCAAAUGAAAGAGCCCAAUCCUUGUGGUGCAAAUAAUUAUGGCUGUAGUCACCUAUGUUUGCUUGCAAAUCAUUUCGGUCGCCGUACAGUUGUUUGCAAAUGUCCACGAAAUAUGACGCUUGACAAAUCAAAGAAGAAGUGUAAAGGAAUUCCUGUAACUAGAGGACCCAAAUCUACUGCUACUAAGAAGGUUCUAACCACCGUGACUAUACAGUCAACUUACAAGAAAGUGACAAAGUCAAAAUCUACUCAAACACAAAAAACUUCAAAGAAAUCAAGUAAACUCUAUACAACUGCAAGUACAACAAAAGUUCCAGUGGUUAACCCACAAGAACACGCCCCAAGAACAGCAGAUCUAUCAUCCAAUAUGAGCACAGGUACUAUCACUGCAAUCGUCAUCUCCGUCAUCAUUGCCUUGAUUAUUCUCUUGUUUCUCGUUUUCUACUUGAAACGACGUCACGUUGGUAAAAAUCACGUUAUGUAUUACAAAGACAUGUCAACAAUGCCGUUAGAAGAAGACUUUGAUGUAACUCCUAACGAUCUAAACGAUAAAGCGAAGAUUAUAACGGAUUAUUAGGCCAUACCCUGUGUAAUGUAUGAGGUGUGGUCGAUUGGGUACACUCACGUGAACUAAUUUUGUACAACAUUUUGACAUUGUCCCGCAAUUAUUAAAUGUUUUAUAUAUUAAAAUUUAAUAUAUGCCUGUUCCUUGAAACCUGUGAAAAGAGUGAAAACCUUCACACUGUCCUUACUAUUCGAGCG